AUGCUUGACAGAAGAAAGCCUCGAAGGCCACCAAAACGCAAAGCAAUUCCUAGUGUGCGAACUCGCCGCAGAAUUCAGCAGAUCGGAUGUCUAGAGCAGGGCCGAGCAACGAUGAUCAAAUCUGCGCUUGGUAAACAGCCGUGUUCAGCGAUCAACCCUGGAAAGCAAGCGCAGAAUAAAAUUAGUCCACGCGUAAUGGCCAGUCAAUGCACCAAAAAUAACUCAGAAGAGGAUUGCAGAUGGAGCCAAGUUGAGUACCAAGCUCCGCAAGGGCCUGAUCUUGCUGGCUCUGUGGUUCAAGGUCAGUCUGACUUCGCCUGCCCGGCUGGCCCUGGUACAAUAGCAUCAAUGCAUGUACCAGAUUGCAGUGAAUCAGAAGUCUUGAAUGAAGCGCAUGUUCCUAGCAGCCAACAUCGGCAGACACAUCCCCAGGUCUGGGAGGGAACUCGGCCAAUAUGUUGGCUGCUCCUGAAGACGCCUGUGACCGCCUCAACCAGCAUCCUCACAGUCCCAUUAGAUGAGAUUCUCAUGACCGUUUCGGCACGGCUUGGCGACAAGGACGGAGACGUGCGAUGUGCCGCCGUUGAAGCCUUAUUUACUCAUGCCACCCCCCCACUCUUUUGGUUCCGUCUUCGCCUGCACCCUCGAGAGGGUGCUGGGCUGCUUGAAGCGAUCUUGGAGACAAACUCAACUGUCAUGGCUCCUGAAGAUCUUGAUCGAAUAUGGCGAGAGUACGACGAGCUUGUCAGGAGACCUAUCUUCAAGUCGUCGGCAAACGAGGUGCGGAGAAUUCUGUUCGACCUCCACAAGAGAUGA